ACCGUCCAGUUCGGCGGCUCUCAUGUCCGCGGCGCCGGGAGCAGACUCCUGCCGGGACCAGGUGCUGCUGAGCCAGUUUCCGGUUCACCGAGCCUGCCGGGAUGGAGACCUGCUCGGGUUGGUGUCUCUGGUGGAGCGGCUGUCGGACCAGGCUCACCUGACGGCGGAGGACUCCGGCUACGGGUGGACGCCUCUGCACUGGGCUGCUCACUGCGGACAGCUGGAGUGCGUGGUGCACCUGGUGCAGCUGGGCUGUGAGGUGAACACAGCGAGCAGCCGCCUCAACCAGACACCGGCGCACGCGGCAGCGUUCGGGGGACACCCCCACUGCGUGGUGUGGCUGAGCCAGGCCGGAGCCGACGUCAACAGAUUAAGGAACUCCAGCGGGCAGACGGCAGCAGACCUGGCCCACGCUCACGGCUUCCUCGACUGUUUCUGCUUCAUGUCCAGUGCUCAGACCGACCUGCAGCAGUUUAGGGGGCUGCAGAACGGGGCCGGCGGCGCCCCCUGUGGUCGGGGGCUGCUCUACAGAAAGAGGCAGCGGCCCGUUAGGGAGGUGGCUCUCAUGAAGAAAGCCAGGCGGGCUGAAGCGGCGCCGGAGCAGCAGGUGGUCCAGCGCAGCCCGGCUCAGGAGGAGGAGGACAUGAACCUGGACCUGAGCCCAGCAGAUGAGAGCACCACGGCCCUCCCCAGCAGCCCCCACCACCCUCCGGCCUCAGACCACACCGACCCGUGUGUGAGCCCCCCCUCGGCCGACAUGUGCGGCUCGCUCCACCUGAGCGGCAGCCCCGGGGGCUCCUGGAGGCUGAUGGGAGAGGACUGCAGGGACUUCCUGCUGUACGGACACUGCCACGGCUUUGGAGACACGGCGGAGGACCUGAGUGACAGCAGCGCCGGGGUCCAGCUGCACCACAGCUCCCAACACACAUGUUGA